AUGCUCAAUCUGAGUCGACGUAACAUGUCGGGGAUGAGUGAAGAGGACGCGCUGGAAAGAGUGACCCGCAUCCGGGCCCAGCUGUUGCAGCAGAAGCUUGCGCUUGCCCGCCAGGCCGCGGCGCCGCCUCCCGCACAACCGGCCGCACAGCCACAGCAGCAGAUGGUGCAGGUACCGAUGGGCGCGACGCAGAUGCCUCACAUGGGCGUGGAGCUGCCUAUGAGCAUGGGUGUGCCCAUGGGAUUGCCCAUGCAGAUGGGCGGCGGAGGACCGGUGCCGGGCGGCGGCGGCGGUGUCGGGUACAACAUGCAGCUGCAGCGGUCGAUGAUGGAGCGGCGGCAGCUGAAGCGGCGGCUGGACACGCUCAAGGCCAAGAAGGAGCGCGAGACGGCGCUGCGGGCGACGACCAAGCUGACGUCGCUGGUGGAGCGGCUCGCGAACACGCUUGCCGACGAGCCGGAGGAUCGGCACCGCGAGCACAGACGGCGCGAGUCAGGCUCGGGCGGCGAGGAGCGGAAGAAGACAACUCUCGACGUCAUUGCCGAGCAGAACCUGAUGAUGCAAAACCUAAUGAUGCAGUCGAUGCUUCAACGGCAGACCGAGAUCAACGCCGGCGGCGCCAGCGGGAGGCGGCGUGGCGACGAGUCCAACUUUCACAUGUUCCUCGAGCAGCAAAAGAUCGAGAACGAAAAGGCGCGGCUGCAGCAGCAGAUGCAGAUGACCCAGAUGCAGAUGGCGAUGGCGGCUGGGGCGGGAGGCGGACAGAGCGAUGGCGGCCUCAGCUCGGCGCUGCUCGCGGCGGCGAUGAUGAACAACGCGGCGCCGGCCCCGGCUCCGGCCUAUGGCAUGGGCAUGCCACCUGCGAUGGCCAUGCCGACCGUCGGCAUGCCGCCACUCGACUCGGUCACCUACGACGCGUACGGCAACCCGCUGAUGAACGGCAUGCCGAUCGAUCCGACAAACCCGGACGCGAUGCCGAUGCAGCCGUACACCCACGGUGACUCGAGCGUGUACUCGGAGUGGAUGCGGCACAACGCCGCGAUUAACGGCGGCGCGGGAGUGGCGCCGGCGCAAGCUGCGGCGCCGCUCGGUUAUGGCUACGGCGCCAGCAUGGGUUUUGCCCAGCAGCAGGGCGGCUUUGGGAGCCAGGUGUAUCCGGGCGCCACCGACGAGCCGUUGACCGAUGCGCAGGCAGCGGCACGCGAGACUGGGCUCCGGGCGGUCAAGCGAGCCAUGAUCGUCGUCUGGUUUGUGGUCUACGUCCAGUCGUUUGCCGUCCUCCGGAAGCGGCUGCGCAAGCGGAUGCGCAAGCAGCUGAAAAAAGGUAUCUUUGACGCCGUGCCCGAGACCGUCCGCUGGCUGCGGACUGGUCUUGUUAACGUCUUUUUCGAGCUUGUCAACCAGGACGACGAGUUUCUCAUCCAGCCGAGCGACCUCACCUCCAAGGGCGGGUUCUCCAAGGCGCAAAAGGGCACUAUCACCGAGCUCGGGCAGAUCAUGGAGGCGCUGACUGGCAUUCUCUCCACCGAGCGGGCGAUCGAGACGCUGCCUGAGCCUGUGCUCGACGUCCUCGCCGACCUGACCAAGGAGAAGGCGGUGUACCCUAAGGGAUACAUGAUGGAGGUGGAGGAGGACUACUUUGAGUUUGAUGCGCUCCAGCGGUCGUGCGGCAUGUCGCUGCAGCGCCGGCGCCUCCUUAUCGCCAACUUUAUCGUUGCCCGCACCCUCAUCGCCGAUAUGCUCCUCUCGCCAGGCAAGUAUGGCUUUGUUGUUCCGGCCUCCGGCGAGGCUGAGACAGGCAAGAAGCGCAAGAAGCGCAAGAAGCGCAAAAAGGGCGCGGUCCUCGGCCCGGUCGAGGAGUCCGAUACCGUCGUCUCCAACUGCACCGUGGUCGGCACCCUGCUCUACGUCGCGCUCCUCCGCGCCAUCGGCGAGCCGGGCGAGGAGCCGAUCGACUAUGAGCCGCAGAUUGUUACCUCGCUCCUCCCGCUCGACUCGCUGGCUGUCCUUGUCCAGUUCUUCCGCGCCGACGGCUCGCUCCUCCGCUGGGAGAACUACCUCCGGACCCUACUCAACAACGUUGUCCGCGCCUGCAUCCGCGCUCACGGCAAGCCUGCCGAGGAGGCUGCGCUGUUUGCCGGCGCCGCCGGUCCAGACGACCGCAUGGGCAACCCGAAUGCGUCGAUGGCCUCAAUCCAGGUGACCGGCGCCACGCCCGACGGCCCGGGCCGCUCGCGGGCAAGUCGCAACUCCAACCGCUCGCCGCGGCCCGUUUCGCGCGUCUCGUCGUCGCGCGUCUCGGCCCGCCUUGCCUCGCAGCGCCACCCGCAGCAGUGACAGCCCUCACGAUGGCUCGUGGCUCAAAGUGCUAGAUGUUGAUGUUGUUCUUGACAAAUGUCGUCAGGUGCCGCAGGAAGAGGGCGGGAUGUGUCGGAAACGCGCCAUGGACAGUGAUGCCUCACUCGGCCUCACCAGUGAGAAUCUGCGCG